ACUUAUAAUUACUGAUUGUUAUAAAGUAAAUUUAAAAACAGGCUGUUGAAACAUUUUUGAACAGUGUUCUAAGAUUGCAGAAAAUCAUCCACAUGAAUCAAAAUUGACUUGUAGUUGGACCGAAGUCAUUCAAAGUGGUCAAAUUGCAUUGUAAAGAUUUCAGAAAACUGAAUUGAAAGUAAUUUCUUUGUAAACGAUUUACAAAUGGACUUAGAAUUUUAAAUUGUCUUUAAUGGCAUAAGAAAACUUUCAUAUUUUUCACAUUCACUGUGAACGGCAAUUGUAAAUAAGUGGAUUUAAAAAAAGAUUUCAUAGAUAUAUUUCAAAAAUAUAGUUGAUAGUCAUAAAUGCCAAAAUAUGUCUUAGAAUUACUGUUCUUAAUGCGAUCUAAAAACAAUCUUAAGUAGUUAAAACAUCCAGAGUUGAACAAAUUUGCUUACAGUUGCAGUCAUAACUCCCAUGUAUAUUAAAUCCACAACAGUCCAUCUAAAUGUAAAUGGCUCGACUUGGAUUUGCACUGUCACAGCUGCAUUAUCUUUUUUUUAAAUAAGGUAAUCUAAAAACGGAUAAGCAUUGGACUUAUUUAAAUUACAUUCUAUCAAAACGAGAACAUUGUGUGAUCCUAAAAAUCCCAUCUUAGCAAGUUAGGAGUCCAGUGAUUUAAAAACAAAAUUUUGUUUUCAUACUAAAACAGUUAUUUCUAUUCCCUUCAAUUUAGCCUCAAAUGCAAUUAAUAAAAAGACAUUUUAUUUUGUAAAGUUUGGAAGCCACUGCGGAGCCAUUGAUGUGUUUCUAUAGUGACGCAGUGGGCUUUUACUACACUGAGCUGCAGCUUAGCAUCUCUGCUCAGGGGUAGCUGGAGUCAACGAGCCUUGUACUAUGGAGAGGUACAUUUACUCACCAUAAGGUAAUGUCCGCGGUAGGUGCAACACGAUGACCUACCAGAUGCCUACCGCCAAAGCUUUCAUAUCCAAGGGAAGCCUGAGCUACGGCUGUGCGGCUCCCGGAUACCUGACAUACAACAGCUUCAGAAUGGGAGCAGGUGGAGGACGUGCCGCGUUAAGGCCAAGUCAGAUAAGGAAAUUCCCUUUAAUGCAGCCUCCUAACAGGACUCCGAACGACAAUGCCUUAGUGAGCGGCUUCAUAAUUAAAGGGACACCAAACUUGACUAAAGAGGACAAAGGAGUGUCACAGAAUAUCAACCAAGGGAAUGAUAUCUUUGGGAGGCACUUUCUGUUUGAGAAAACAUGUGCAAAGUUAGAGAGGACCAGAACUGUGAUUCCUCCACUGCCAAGAGACAACAACGGGCAUCACCCUGCUAACCUGCACCCCUUCAGCCUCUCCAGCGAGCUUCCCAGCAUACAUUCAGGGAGACCUAUCACCCUGGGUUUCCCUAGAAGCUAUGAGGUGAACCCCAAUCCCACCGUCCUCUUUCCCUCCACUUUUGUCCUAAAUAGCAGGAACACUUUGUUGGUGGAAGGCAGGAAGCUCAGCAGGCCGAAGGUGCAUUAUCCAACCCACAACCUAGUGACUGUUAAAGACAAUCAGAAAAGUUGCCUUCAUGCAGGCCAGUCCUAUCCAGACCCAAUUGUCGGAGCCCCUCACUCUUUCAUCCACCGGAUUUCUGAGCUCUCCUCUUUGGAGGGGGAGACUGUGAGACAGGAGAAGCUGAAGAAAAUCAGAAAAUCUAGAAAAUAUCCGUCCUGACAAUCACCACAAUCUGAGUCGUGGCGGCCCAGGAUUAAAACUUUUGAGUCUGUGCCAACAGCUGAACAAAAUCAAACACUUAGAGCACCGUUUUCAUUUCACUGGCUUGUUCUGACAGCGUGCCUGUCCUCAGUGAUACUGUUUGGCUGCUUAACAUGGCUGCUUCUUACCUUUUGGGAUUCCUGACUCUUCUUCAGUGAUGACACGUAGCUUUAACUCAGCAUUCUCAAUGACUAUGGCUCCUGAUGAUGACUUUAAAGAAGAUAACUUGUAGACUCUCAUUUGUCAGUAGUUUUUCCCUCCACAUCUGCAUGGAAACAUGUUUUAUUUAUUUCUCUAAUGGCUUCUAUUGGGCAUAAAGCAGUGCUGCCAUGUUUCUUUCUGUAUGCUGUGGGUGCUGUCUGACUUGAGUCAAAAAUACACCAGUGUUACCGAAAUUUCAACAUAUUUUUGCUUUGCUUACUAAGUGAAACACACGUGGACAAUUGGCAUAGUCUAGCUAAACUCUUGUGCCUUGUUAAAAGUCUUCCUGAAAUGAAAUAAAUUUAUUUUUGUUAUUCCAAAGAUGUUCUAUUUUUCUUUCUAAUCUCCAGUAUGUGCUAGAAAAGGGACAGACUGACCAUCACAACAGUCAGAAUGUGCUAAAUUCUGCACUGAAGCAUAAAAUGCGUUCUAUGCCCUCAAAACAGCAGGAAUAACAUACCCACAGAUGCCAGAAUGUGGUAUUUUCCCACAUAAUGCAUUGUUUUACCGCUGCAUGAACUGCAGCUUGUUUCUCUGCAUAAUGUUGUUCAUUGUUUGUGGCAAAUAUGGAUGCCAUAGCAGCUGUCUUUUUGUUUGGAGAAAAAUGAAAGCUUUUAUUGUAUUUAAAGCAUUUAUUUUUUUGCUCUACUUAAAUAUGAGGUUAAAAUUUUGAUCUGGAAAUUAGCUGACCAAUGGGUAAGUUAUUUGUUUUUCUUACUUUUGUUUUUAAUUUUAUUUAAAACGACAUGGUGUAACUGAGCACAAAUCUCAGCUGCAUUCCUAUUACAGUGAUGUGAAAAAGUUAAACCCUAACCACAGUAGAACAAGUAGAAAGAGGCAAUAUGUCAAGUACUAAAGUUGGAUUCAGGAUUCUUACAGUCCUGGGAAGUCUAGUAAGUAUGGAACUGACAUUGAUAAUAUUCAAGGUCUGGAUAGGUAUGGAAAACAGAAACUCUAUUAUGGCAAAACAUUUUCCUGUCGUUUUUCAUUAUUCUAAUAUAUAACAAAAAUCUGAAAUUCUAAAAAAGUUCUGAGUUUUUUUACUCAAAUUUAUAUUAGUAACAGGUUCUUUAUCUAGAUCAUUUUUUCUGUUACUGAGAGAACUCACAGAUAAAUGCAUACCUAGUUCAGAAAAACAUUUUUCAUCACAUUUUUCUUUUGACUGGACUGGGAAUUCCUUUUGGAUAAGUGACCUUUGACUAAACAUUUUUCAGUGCUUUGCAAAAGUAUACAUACCACUUGAACUUUUUCACAUUUUGUCACAUCGCAACCCCCAACUGCAAUGUAUUGUAUUCUAUUAGGAUUUUAUGAUAGAUAUGCAAAGUAGUAGAUAAUUGCGAAGGGUACAUGGUUUUCAACCAAUUGUGGCAUGCAUCUGCAUUCAGUGUCUUUUACUUUGAUAGCCCUAAAUAAAAUCCCUUGCAACCAA